AGCGUGCGCAUGACGCACCGCUGGGAGCGGCGGGGCCGGGCCGGGGUCCCGCGGCCGCGAGAUCCUGCAGGGGCCGUUCCGGGCUGGGCCGUGACCCCGCGGGGACAGCAGCGCUGCGCAGGGGGGUGGGCACGGCGCGGCAGCCGCUGGCCUGACGGACAAACCCCGAGAAGUGUCGGCGAUUUGGCAUAGACAACACUGCAGGAAGAAAAUGACCCACUGGUUCCAUCGCAACCCUCUGAAGGCUACAGCUCCCGUUUCAUUUAAUUUUUAUGGGGUAGCCACUACUCCAGCUGCAACAAAGAUUUGCAAUGACUUGCGGUUGUCUCGAACACAGCUAUUGGAGCUGUUUACAGACUCAAGUUGUAAUCCAGAAAUGAUGAAGAAUGCAGCUGACUUCUACUUCUCACUCCUGCAAGGUUUUAUCCUUUCGUUGGAUGACUCUUCCCAAGAGUGCAAGUUGAGAUAUAUUCAGAAUUUCAAGUGGACAGACACGUUACAAGGACAAGUCCCGAGUGCCCAGCAGGAUGCAGUGUUUGAACUGGUUUCCAUGGGAUUUAAUGUAGCUCUGUGGUACACAAAAUAUGCAUCAAGACUUGCUGGAAAAGAAGAUAUAACAGAGGAUGAAGCAAAAGACGUUCACCGCAGCUUGAAGAUAGCAGCUGGGAUUUUUAAACACCUGAAGGAAAGUCACAUUCCAAAAUUGAUUACACCUGUGGAAAAGGGAAGAGAUUUAGAAGCUCGACUUAUAGAGUCCUACAUCAUACAGUGUCAAGCUGAAGCUCAAGAAGUGACAAUUGCUCGGGCUAUUGAGCUGAAACAUAAUCCAGGCCUAAUAGCUGCUCUUGCUUAUGAAACAGCCAACUUCUACCAAAAAGCUGAUCAAACAUUAUCUAGUUUGGAUCCAACCUGUGCAGGUAAAUGGAGGAAGUACUUAAACUUGAAGAGCUGUUUCUAUAUGGCCUACGCAUACUGUUACCAUGGCCAGACUUUGCUGGCGAGUGAUAAAUGUGGGGAAGCAAUCAGAUCUCUGCAGGAAUCAGAAAAAUUUUUUACCAAGGCUGAAGCAUUGUGCAAAGAAUAUGGAGAAACCAAAGGGCCUGGGACUACUGCCAAACCUUCUGGACAUCUUUUCUUUAGGAAAUUAGGAAGUUUGAUUAAGAACACAUUAGAAAAAUGCCAGAGAGAGAAUGGAUUUAUCUAUUUCCAGAAGGUGCCAGCAGAGGCUUCCCAGCUGGAACUGAAAGCAAACUAUGGCUUGGUAGAGCCUGUUCCUUUUGAGUUUCCAGCUUUAAGCGCACACUGGACUCCUGAAACGGUUGCAGCAUUUGAUCUCACCAAGAGGCCAAAGGAAGACCCUGCUAAACCAAAACCAGAUGAAGAAGUAAAACCUCUGAAGGAACCAAAUAUAAAGCCUCAAAAAGACAGUGGAUGCCAGAUUUCUUAAAUGCCAUAAGUGCUUUGAAUUCACUUUGAAACUCUAUUCAUAGGACUCUGGGGCUUUUGUUCUGAUCUUCUUUUUUCGAUUCUCCUCUUUUCAUUUACAAGGCUAAUAUAAUUUACUUUUGUUAAUAUGUGUCUAUCUUGCUUAAGAUUGUGGUAGAUUUCUAGGUGGUUAUUUAUAUCUGACUUAUUUUUGGUUUCAGUGGAUAUCAUAGAAUUAGUGGGCUUAAAUGUUCCUAUUGUGCCUCUAGGGAGUUUCUUUUUGUGGGUUUAGUUUUACCCACAAAUAGCAAAGGAAGUAUCAUGAUUGUAAUAGUUGAGGGUUUUUCCAUUACCUUAUAUGCUGUAUCAUGUCCAGUUCUGGAAACAGAAGUUUGCAUGAACAGUUAUAUUUAUUCAAGUUUUGUCGUUCAGGCUUAGCACUUUGUUGUGUCCGAAUUCACCUAAUUGUAGUGAGGGGAGAAAAUCUGGGUGUGGAUUGUAACAGUCGUAUUUCACAGGACUUGCACAGAACGUGGGAAACCUCAAGUUCUGCAUAACAGGAGCACAAUUUAUGUUCUGAAACUAUUAGUCUCUGUUCUUUCCUCUAUAGAUUAGGGGGUUUAUAUCAGAAUUUGUAGUAAAGUACCUUAGCUUUGUCUGUCCUUCAAUCCAAAUCCUUUAGUAUCAAAGUGUAUGUGAAAGUAAUGCAGCAAGCAAUAUGGAAGUGCUUAAAAGCAAA